GGAAAGAAGGAGACUUGGAGGCCUUGUUUACCCUUAGCCCUUCCUCCCGCCCCCGACUGUACCAUUAAAUCCUAGAUUCUGGGGUGACUGAAAAGCAUAGGGAAUAAAUUAGUAAUUGUCAAACUGUUUUCCCCAUAUUAUGCAUGGCAGCACUUGCUACUUUCUUUUAAGUUGAUAACAAUCAGCUCAGGGGUUUGCUCUGCUUGCAAGGUCACUGCAAGAAUGAACAUUGAACUUUGGACUAUACCUGAGGGGUGAGGUAAACAACAGGACUAUAAAUAUCAGAGUGUGCUGCUGUGGCUUUGUGGAGCUGCCAGAGUAAAGCAAAGAGAAAGGAAGCAGGCCCGUUGGAAGGGGUUGUGACAACCCCAGCAAUGUGGAGAAGCCUGGUGCUUGCCCUGGCUCUCUGUCUCCUCCCAUCAGGAGGAACAGAGAGCCAGGACCAAAGCUCCUUAUGUAAGCAACCCCCAGCCUGGAGCAUAAGAGAUCAAGAUCCAAUGCUAAACUCCAAUGGUUCAGUGACUGUGGUUGCUCUUCUUCAAGCCAGCUGAUACCUGUGCAUACUGCAGGCAUCUAAAUUAGAAGACCUGCGAGUAAAACUGAAGAAAGAAGGAUAUUCUAAUAUUUCUUAUAUUGUUGUUAAUCAUCGAGGAAUCUCUUCUCGAUUAAAAUACACACAUCUUAAGAAUAAGGUUUCAGAGCAUAUUCCUGUUUAUCAACAAGAAGAAAACCAAACAGAUGUCUGGACUCUUUUAAAUGGAAGCAAAGAUGACUUCCUCAUAUAUGAUAGAUGUGGCCGCCUUGUAUAUCAUCUUGGUUUGCCUUUUUCCUUCCUAACUUUCCCAUAUGUAGAAGAAGCCAUUAAGAUUGCUUACUGUGAAAAGAAAUGUGGAAACUGCUCUCUCACGACUCUCAAAGAUGAAGACUUUUGUAAACGUGUAUCUUUGGCUACUGUGGAUAAAACAGUUGAAACUCCAUCGCCUCAUUACCAUCAUGAGCAUCAUCACAAUCACGGACAUCAGCACCUUGGCAGCAGUGAGCUUUCAGAGAAUCAGCAACCAGGAGCACCAGAUGCUCCUACUCAUCCUGCUCCUCCAGGCCUUCAUCACCACCAUAAGCACAAGGGUCAGCAUAGGCAGGGUCACCCAGAAAACCGAGAUAUGCCAGGAAGUGAAGAUUUACAAGAUUUACAAAAGAAGCUCUGUCGAAAGAGAUGUAUAAAUCAAUUACUCUGUAAAUUGCCCAAAGAUUCAGAGUUGGCUCCUAGGAGCUGAUGCUGCCAUUGUCGACAUCUGAUAUUUGAAAAAACAGGGUCUGCAAUCACCUGACAAUGUAAAGAAAACCUCCCAUCUUUAUGUAGCUGACAGGGACUUCGGGCAGAGGAGAACAUAACUGAAUCUUGUCAGUGACGUUUGCCUCCAGCUGCCUGACAAAUAAGUCAGCAGCUUAUACCCACAGAAGCCAGUACCAGUUGACGCUGAAAGAAUCAGGCAAAAAAGUGAGAAUGACCUUCAAACUAAAUAUUUAAAAUAGGACAUACUCCCCAAUUUAGUUUAGACACAAUUUCAUUUCCAGCAUUUUUAUAAACUACCAAAUUAGUGAACCAAAAAUAGAAAUUAGAUUUGUGCAAACAUGGAGAAAUCUACUGAAUUGGCUUCCACAUUUUAAAUUUUAUGUCAGAAAUAUUGACUCAAACCAUAUUUUUUAUGAUGGGGCAACUGAAAGGUGAUUGCAGCUUUUGGUUAAUAUGUCUUUUUUUUUCUUUUUCCAGUGUUCUAUUUGCUUUAAUGAGAAUAGAAACGUAAACUAUGACCUAGGGGUUUCUGUUGGAUAGUUAGCAGUUUAGAAUGGAGGAAGAACAACAAAGACAUGCUUUCCAUUUUUUUCUUUACUUAUCUCUCAAAACAAUAUUACUUUGUCUUUUCAAUCUUCUACUUUUAACUAAUAAACGAAGUGGAUUUUGUAUUUUAAGAUCCAGAAAUACUUAACACGUGAAUAUUUUGCUAAAAAAGCAUAUAUAACUAUUUUAAAUAUCCAUUUAUCUUUUGUACAUCUAAGACUCAUCCUGAUUUUUACUAUCACACAUGAAUAAAGCCUUUGUAUCUUUCUUUCUCUAAUGUUGUAUCACACUCUUCUAAAACUUGAGUGGCUGUCUUAAAAGAUACAAGGGGAAAGAAAAUAUUGUCUGUCUUUAUAUUGCUUAGUAAGUAUUUCCAUAGUCAAUGAUGGUUUAAUAGGUAAACCAAACCCUAUAAACCUGACCUCCUUUAUGGUUAAUACUAUUAAGCAACAAUGCAGUACACAAUUGGAUACAGUAUGGAUUUGUCCAAAUAAAUUCAAUAAAAACCUUAAAGCUGA